GCGAAUUGUUUUCCUUCUUAGUUCUCAACAAUUGUUGCCGCUGAGCUCAGAGAUAAAUUCCGACGUCGUUUGUAAGGACCUCAAUCCCAGUCCAUUUUUUGACUGUCUUACAACAAUCGCUGGCACCGCAGCCCGGCGAAAAAUUCAGUCUUUUUGUUCUUUACAACUUAAGUUGUCCUCUUAUCUUAGUGUUGUUCUGCUAUGGCAGCUGCAAAUCCUUCUUCUAUGGAGAUUUUAGUUCGAGGGCCAGAAGGAUUCUGUAUCUGGACUGGGCCACCAUUUGGCAAUGGUGAACCUAGUAUCAAACUUGAGAGGGUUCCUUGCAACAAUGCAACAUUCAGUGAAGAUGGGUCCAAGCUUAUUGUUAUGAAAUCUGAUUCUGUCAUUAGCAUAUAUGAUUGUAGCAGCUUUAAGGAGAUUAGAUCUUUCCAAGUUUCCAAUGUUCUUGCUGCUGCAUUGUCCCCUUGUGGGACUUAUCUUCAAACUUUUCAGAAAUCUUUGACGCCACAGGAUAAGAAUGUGGUCUUAUGGAAGAUAGAGACUGGUGAUGCUGUACAUCAUCAUUUUCAAAAAAACAUGACUAAAACUACAUGGCCAUCAAUCCGAUUCAGUUCUGAUGAAGUGGUUGCUUGUCGGAUGGCAACAAAUGAGAUACAAUUUUUUGAUCCUACAGACUUCUCAAAAGGAACUGUACAUCGCCUAAGAAUUCCUGGGGUGGCUGCAUUUGCACUUUCGAUGGUCCCAGGGUCACACGUAGCAGCAUUUGUUCCAGAAUCUAAGGGAAGUCCAGCCAGUGUUCAGAUAUUUGCCUGCGGGAAAGAUAUGCAAACUCAGCCUGUUGCUCGACGAAGCUUUUUUCGAUGUUCUACUGUGCAACUGAAUUGGAAUCGGGGUUCCACUGGGCUUCUGGUUGUGGUGCAGUCAGAUGUUGAUAAGACCAAUCAAAGUUAUUACGGAGAGUCGAAGCUCAACUACCUUACAACUGAUGCGACCCAUGAAGGGCUUGUACCUCUUCGCAAGGAGGGACCCAUUCAUGAUGUUCAGUGGUCAUAUUCUGGUUCACAUUUUGCUGUUGUUUAUGGAUUCAUGCCUGCAAGUGCGACAUUGUUUGAUAAGAAGUGCAAUCCUCUACUGGAGCUUGGAACAGGCCCUUACAAUACUGUCAGAUGGAACCCAAAAGGGAAAUUUCUGUGCUUGGCUGGCUUUGGUAACUUACCUGGUGAUAUGGCAUUUUGGGACUACGUGAACAAAAAACAACUUGGAACAACUAGGGCAGAAUGUUCUGUGACUAGUGAGUGGUCUCCAGAUGGACGUUAUUUCAUGACUGCCACAACAGCACCGAGACUACAAGUUGACAAUGGGAUUAAGAUUUUCCACUAUGAUGGAUCAUUGUACUUCAAAAAAAUGUUUGACAAGCUAUACCAGGCUGAGUGGAAACCAGAAUCACCAGAUAGAUUUGGUGAAAUUGCAGAACUUGUGAAAUCUGUUGAUUCAUUAAAGGUUGAAGAAACCAAACCACAAGGACAAGGGUUAACCUCCAAGAAAACUGCUCCUGUCAAUCCUCCUGCUCAAAAACCUGCUGCCUAUCGCCCGCCACAUGCUAAAAAUGCAGCUGCUGUUCAGGCAGAGUUGUUUGGAGGGAACACUACCGAGCAAAUGAGCAAGAACGCACUGAAAAACAAGCAGAAAAGAGAGAAACAGAAGGCCAAGAAGGCUGCUGAGGCUGCUGCCGGGAGUUCCUGAUCAGAUGCAAAUGUGCUAUAUGUAGCUCCAUUCAAGAGGGAGUGGUGCAGGUUCUGAUAAAGCUUGCGCUGGAUCAAAUCUUAUCGUAGAAAUUUUCUUACUUUUGGCUUUUUGAUGAUAGUGUGAGGUGAUCUAAUAGAGCACAAGUAUAUAAGCAUGUGAAAGGUGUUUUCAUGUGUUCAAAUUUUCCCAUAUGGCAAAGAUGCAUUUACAUACACAAAUAGUUUCAGUGUUGCAGUCAUGUGGAGGUCUAGUAUGAAAUUUUAUGAUUGUAACAGUUUUGUGGGGUCUAAUGACUAUUUACAAACAAGUUGAUGGAUCAUAUUUUGUUAUAUUUAGGACCA